CUCACACCUGCUCACACGCGCAGGACGGGAUCCAAGCGGCCUCAGCGCAGAGCAGCAGCAGCGCACUCAGACACACGCACGCGCUCACGCACGCACUCAGACACACGCGCGCGCGCGAUGGCUACGAGCGCAACUGCCGGAAUCGAUGGCGAAGCGCAGCGCGAGCCCGCAGCGCUCAUGGCCUCCCUGAGACUCACGCCGUGUCCGCUGACCAACCCGGAGAUCAAACACAGCAAGAUUUUCAUUAAUAAUGAAUGGUACGACUCAGUGAGCGGAAAAACCUUCUCCACAUACAAUCCCGCCACAGGGGAGAAAAUCUGUGACGUCCAGGAGGCAGAUAAGGCUGAUGUGGAUAAGGCAGUGCAGGCCGCUCGCUCGGCCUUCUCUCUGGGUUCAGAGUGGAGGAGGAUGGACUCCUCUGAGAGAGGGAGGCUUCUCUCUAAGCUGGCAGACCUGGUGGAGCGAGACCGGCUCUACCUCGCUACCCUGGAGUCACUAAACGGCGGGAAACCUUUCCUCUCCUCCUUCUUUGUGGACCUUCAGGGAACAAUUAAGACACUGCGAUAUUUCGCUGGAUGGGCCGACAAGAUCCACGGCACUUCCAUUCCAACCGAUGGAGGGUAUUUAUCAUUCACCAGACACGAGCCCAUUGGAGUGUGUGGACAGAUUAUCCCGUGGAACUUCCCUCUGAUGAUGAUGGCGUGGAAGCUGGGACCAGCACUCUGCUGUGGAAACACGGUGGUCCUGAAGCCAGCCGAGCAGACCCCCCUCACCUGCCUGUACAUGGGUGCACUGAUCAAAGAGGCCGGGUUUCCACCAGGAGUGGUCAAUAUUUUGCCAGGCUUCGGGCCAACCGCAGGAGCCAGUAUCGCCUCUCACAUGGGCAUAGACAAAGUGGCUUUCACUGGAUCCACGGAGGUCGGCAAGCUGAUCCAAGAAGCAGCUGGAAAGAGCAAUCUGAAGAGAGUCAUGCUGGAGCUUGGGGGCAAGAAUCCCAACAUCAUUUUUGCAGACGCUGAUUUGGAUCUGGCAGUAGAGCAGGCCCAUCAGGGCGUUUUCUUCAACAGUGGCCAGUGCUGCACGGCAGGUUCUCGUAUCUUUGUGGAAGAGCCCAUCUACGAGGAGUUUGUGCGCAGGAGUGUGGAGAGAGCAAAGCGGAGGAUAGUGGGCAGCCCCUUUGAUCCUACCACUGAACAAGGACCUCAGAUCAGUCUGGAGCAGCAAAGGCGUGUGUUGGAGUUCAUUGAGAGUGGGAUCAAAGAGGGAGCAAAGCUGGAGUGUGGAGGGAAAGCUCCCUUCUCCAAAGGCUACUACAUCCAGCCCACAGUCUUCUCCAAUGUGCAGGACCAUAUGCGCAUCGCCAAAGAGGAGAUCUUCGGGCCGGUUCAGCAGAUUAUGAAGUUUAAGACAAUUGAGGAAGUCAUUGAGAGAGCCAACAACACAGAAUACGGCCUGACUGCCGCCGUCUUCACCAACGACAUAAGCAAAGCCAUGGCCAUCUCCACAGCUGUGCAAGCUGGCACUGUUUGGAUUAACUGCUUUAAUGCCCUGAGCUGCCAGUGUCCUUUUGGAGGAUUCAAAAUGUCAGGCAACGGCCGUGAACUGGGCGAGUAUGGCUUGAGGGAGUACACAGAGGUGAAGACCAUCACAGUGAAGAUGCCAAUGCUGAACUUGUAAAGUGUACAAACGUUCUCCCAACAGAAGAAAGACUUCCUCUGGCGUUAACACUGGUCAUUCUCCUGUGGCUGUCUCUAGUGGUCCCGCACCAUAUUCUCCACUAAAGCUAACACCACCAGCCAUCUCCAUCCAGCGGCACCACUAGCCCGCCACUUCCAUAACACCAGUGUUCAGCGUCCACUAGCAGUCUUUAUGUCCACAUUAACUCCCAGUAGUGGCCUCCUUUCACCGGCUCCAUUAACCAUACUAAAGCACUCGGAGAGGGUGAGGGAGGCUCACUGUAUAGACCACUCCACGCCCUGCAUCCACUAACCGACCAGCAUCUCCCUCUGGCACCACGCAGCCAGAGGCAUGUUCCAUGUGGUGCAAAAGGUGGCCUUUUGGCUUCGAGAGGGGAGGGGGAAGGGGGAGGGGGGAGGUGUCACUUUCAAACCUCAUACAUAACUUUAAUUCACUAUAGUUUCACUGUGUAAAACUCGUCAGCUGUGUUUCAGUUUGUACUAAGACCACUGAAGUUAUCUGUCUCAGAAAAAAAGAAAAAGAUGGAUGUGAUCUUUUAUUAAAUAUUAAUUCUAAAAAUGUAAUUGUUUAAUUGUUCUGUGUUUUUGCUGUUUUGUUUUUAUGGCGUAUUAUAUAACUCUGUAUGUCGAUGUGUUGACCAAUGUAAACAGAAAUGGUUUACCUCAGAAAAAAAAAAUCAUGUUAAUAUGAGAAAUGCAUUUUACACAAAUGAUUACUCAUUGGUGUCCAUUUAUUUUCAUUCUUAAACAAUUAUGUA